AUGAGUGAAAAUAAGCCAGAAGAGCUUCACGAUGAUGUUGUAGCCUAUGUUAAUGCAGUCACAUCAUCAUGGCCGGUUUCUGAUGUAUUCUUGGAAAGAAUCCGAACAGAGACAGAAAACGAUGUUAAUCUAAAAUCUGCUGUUCACUACACUAUCUCCGGUUGGCCAAAGUACAAAGAUGAUGUACCGCUAGCAGCCAGAGACAUGUUUGCUGUACGUGGAGAACUCAGUGUUGUAGAGGGAAUACUAGUGAAGGGGAAUAGAAUUGUUAUUCCAUUUUCCAUGAGAGGGGAAAUCCUAGAUCGUAUUCACGAUGGUCAUCUUGGUAUUACCAAAUGUCGUGAGCUUGCUAAUCAGUGUGUGUGGUGGCCACAGAUCAGCAAGCAGAUUCAAGAGAGGAUGGCAGCAUGCAGAUUCUGUUUGGAGAAACAACCAUCACACUCGACUGAACCACUUAUAACGACAACCUUACCAGACCGUCCUUUUCAGAUGAUAGGUGUAGACAUUUGUGAGUUUAAAGGAAACCAGUACCUUAUCACUGUUGACUACUACUCGCGAUACAUCGAUAUUGCGUUUCUCUCUCAAAUUACAUCAUUUGCGGUGAUCUGCAAGAUGAAAAAUGUUUUUGCUCAUCACGGAAUCCCAGAAACUGUAGUUUCAGACAAUGGCAGACAAUUUGUGAGUGCAGAAUUCAGGAAAUUUGCAACAGAUUGGAAUUUCAAACAUGUCACAACUAGUCCGUACUACCCGCAAACAAACGGGGAAGCAGAGAGAGCCGUACGAACUGCCAAAGAGAUUCUUAAACAGGAAGACAUGUUCCUCGCUUUGUUAAUCUACCGCGCAACACCCAUCUCAGCACUAGGAAUGAGCCCAGCUGAGCUUGUUUAUGGUCAGCGACUCCGAACAACCUUGCCGUCCAUGCCUUCAACCCUUGUUGCACGCACUAUUGAUGAUAGCAUUGUGCGUGGGCCUGACAUUAUAUCCAAGACUCGUCAGAGACAGUACUUCAAUCGCCGAGCUCACUCUUUACCAACACUCAAUCCUGGAGACCAGAUCCUUGUCAAGUGUAAUGGGGGAAAAGGUUGGAAACUGCCUGCAGAGGUGGUUCAGCAGUGUGCCCCUAGGUCGUACAUAGUGAAGACUCAAAAGGGGGAAUUCACACGCAACCGAAAACAUUUACGUUUGAAUACAACAGUAAAUAAUCCACCUGCAGAGAGCAAGCUGAUGACUGACAGCAACAACAUUACUUCAGAUAAGAUGCCUUCUACCUCAGUGGAACCUCUCCUUGAAUCACAACCUCAACCGCCAUCUUCACCUUAG